UUGCGACAGCGCGUCUCGAUAAUAUACAAUAUACACUUUCUUAUAUCACACGUUCGGAGAUGAACUCUUUCGUAUUUAUAUGUACCACGUUCUUGAACGCUAGUAUAAACGUGUGUACACGUGUGUUCCUGCUAGUGCUGAGUGCGAGUGUGUACCAAGGGUUUGUGCUCGUGGAGGUGUUCCUUAACAGCUACAAUUUGGUGUAUCCCCCGUAUUUUGCGAAGCCUAUAACUAAGGGGCAGUAUUAUGUGUCGAGUAUUGUUGGUGGGGCAGUGACGGUAGUAGCUACGAAGACCAUCAUGCUAAACGGCUUCAUGCGAUGGCUGCUUCGGUUCCUAGUGUCGCUGAUAGCCAUCGGGGUGCGGCCGCUCACGUACCUGCUCACGGUGCGGCGCACGCGCAAGUGCCCGCCGCCCGCCAACCCUACGCUCUUCAAGUCCGCCACCACGCUCACCAACAUGAUCAGGAACAGACAGAUCACGUCAGAAGAAGUGGUAGCGGCUUACAUAGAGAGAUGUAAAGAGGCGAAUCCGUACCUCAACGCCAUAGUGGAGCCGCGAUACGAGCAGGCACUUAGAGAAGCGAGGAGCAUCGACAAGAUGAUCGUGUCUACUGAUAGGACGCCGGAGGAGCUGGGCAAGGAGUAUCCCCUGCUGGGUGUCCCUAUGACUGUCAAGGAGAGCAUUGCUGUUGAAGGAAUGAGCAACGACAGCGGCACCGUCCGUCCGAGCCGAGUGCCGGCCACAAAAGACGCUGCCAUCGUCAGCCUGGCGCGCGCCGCGGGUGCCAUCCCCAUCGCCGUCACCAACACACCACAACUCUGCAUGAACUGGGAGACGUACAAUAACGUCACCGGCCUUACGAUGAACCCUUAUGAUCAGAAGAGGACCACUGGAGGGUCGUCGGGUGGAGAGGCAGCGUUGAUCUCGUCGGCAGCAUCCAUCGUUGGCGUCGGCUCCGACAUCGCGGGUUCUCUCCGCCUACCGCCCAUGUUCUGUGGCAUCUUUGGACACAAGCCCACUCCUAAAUUGCUGUCCAUCGAAGGUCAUAUUCCAGACUGUCUGGACUCAGAAUUUGAAGAAUAUUUUGCUCUGGGACCUUUAUGCCGGUACGCGGAAGAUCUGACGUUACUUUUGAAAGUUUUGAGACAACCUGGCGGUCCUGAUGUGCCCUUGGACAAACCCGUGGACGUGUCCAAGCUGAAAUUUUAUUACAUGGAAGGCGACAACAGCAACGUCACAGAUAAAAUCGGAUCGGAUGUGAAGAAAGCCAUGGAAAAAGCUAAAGCACAUAUUAAGAAUACAUAUAAUAUUGAAGUCAAAGAGCUCAAGAUCAAAAACAUCGAACACAUCUGGGAGAUCAGUAUUCGGGUUCUAAUGAACAUCCGCCACGUUCGCAACAUAUACACUGAUCCUGAGAAAAGAGACCAGUGGGUGUCAGUUUGGCCGGAAGUUCUAAAGAAAAUGGUCGGUCUGUCAGACCAUAACUUCACAUGUGUGGCUUACGGGCCGCUGCAGAAGUUUUUCGAUUCGUUACCAAAGAGCUAUUAUGCGAAAUUGUUGAGAAUAUUUGAAGAGAUUAAGCAAGAUUUCGAGAAAGCGCUAGGAGACGACGCCGUAUUAAUAUACCCAGCGUACCCCUACCCAGCCCAUCUCCACUACCGGGUAUACUACAAAUUCCUAAACUGCGGGUACCUGACGAUCUUCAACGCCCUAGGUCUCCCAGUCACCGCCUGCCCGAUGGGUCUCACAGAGAAAGGUCUACCAGUGGGUCUACAACUUGUGGCUAACAAAUGCCACGAUCAUUUGACGAUAGCGGUUGCUAAAGAGUUCGAAAAAGCCUUUGGAGGCUGGGUGCCGCCUAACAGAGAACCUGUCAGUGUCUAAGUUAAGUUAAUUGUAUUAUGAGAUUAUAUUGUGAAGGAAGCGAAAGAGGUAUGUCAGGAUCGUAGCAAGUGGAAAUCCGUGGUCUCUGCCUACCCCUCCGGGAAAUAGGCGUGAUUAUAUGUAUGUAUGUAUGAGACUAUAAAUAUACGGAGAAAAUUGUGUUAUAUAAUGUACACGGUGGCUAAAAAAAUAACUGCAUUCCCGUUGCCAGGGAGGUUUUGGGAUUAUACUGAGCAACUUUUACUGUGGGACCAACCCCAAAAUCGCGAAAAAAAAUUACUCUGCCAUAGAAAAUGGACCAGCCAAAAUGUAUGAAACAGCCAAAUUUUCAUAUUGACAUUAAUGAUGACAUUUACUCACUUUGUCAUUGCAAAUGCCACGCAGAGUUAGCUUGGUCCGACUCUAAGAAUUCUUACUUCUUCUUGAAUUUUUAAAAAGUAAAAGCAACUGUCCCAUGGACAUCGAAUUGCCUCAGUUGACUUUAGAAGUAUUUGUACAUAGGUACCUACUCGUAUACAGGAAUCAUUUAUUUUGGAUCUAUAAUAUGAGUGAAAAGAAGUUCUUUAUAUACAUACCUAGUAUGCAAUUGAUAUUAAAAUUUAGCAUAGGUAAUCAAUUAAGCGUCGGUAUUUUAUAAGUCUCAAGGAUGACUCACGCUAGACCAGGCCGGGGCCGGGCCGGAGCUUUGGGCGCUUCGUUUUCUAUGGAAACACCACGUGAUCGUGAGCAGCCGUCAUAGAAUAUGACAUGUCGGACGCCUCGGCCCGGGCCCGGCCCAGUCUAGCGUGACGAGACAUCCUUUAAUGUAGAUGUAUAGGAUUCUACUGUGAUAAGUCAUAUCAAGUAACUAAAAUGUUUAAAUUGUGGCAUUAAAGUAUAACGAAUUCGUUGUAUUUAGAGCUGCGGUCGGCAACCUGCGGCCCGCGGGCCGCAUGCGGCUCGCGAAACUGUCACUUGCGGCCCGAGAGGCGCCUUGGCUAUUUUGUAUGUAAUAGUGACAAACGACAAUGUCUCAUAAAGUCAUAAAUAUUAACAAAGUACGGCCCGCGUCACCUCCGUUAACUAUUAUUGGCCCUUGGCUGCUAAAAGGUUGCCGACCGCUGAAUUUUAGAGGAAUGGAUGGACAAUUUUUUUUUUUUACAUUAUAUAUGGUGCUCUAUUACGACACCCUGUUUAUAAUGUUGUUUAUAAUAACCACAUUACGUAACUACAUCAAAAUUUUAAAGAGCCAU